CAGGCGGAGGAUGUGGUGCGGCGCCGGCGGGGAGAGGCGGCGGCAGGAGCAGCCCCAGCUCGGGUGCGGAGGGCUGAGCCCAGAUGGUCAGGGACAUUCACUGCCUCCUGUCUCUUUUCAUAAAAAGAAGUUGGCAAAGAGACCAGGAUACAUGAGACCACAAGCUCCACAACAGAUAGAGUUUCAGCCUCCUGCUCACUGCAAGCCAUUCAACCCAAAGGGGCUUGAACAUGGCAGAAAGCAUUGUGAAGACUUCAAGAACUGCUCUCUGCACAGACUAUGCAAAAAUGACUUUGAAUUCUUACAUUGUAAUUCAUCUGUAAACAGUACCAUAGUUACCACUACUGUGGUAACAACAUCGACCACUGCUGGAAAUAUGACAGGAAGCCUCAGAAAUCUGUCAGAUCUCAGGAUUCAGCCAUCAGAAAAUGUAAUUCUUCCGGUUUGUCGUGCAGCUGCCACAUGUAAAAGAGACUUUUCACCCGUAUGCAGUUCAGAUACAUGGCAGACUAAUCUACUAGCAACUACGUGGAAGACAAUCCACGGUGCUAGAGUAAAGGAGCCACAGAAAAUAUACACUUUGGAUCAGAAGGAAGUGAACAAUAACUGUGUAUAUAACAACAAAGAAGUCACUUCUUACUCGUCCAGUACUUGGGAUAGCUUUAAUUCAAGUUUCAGCUUCAUUCAGCUCUCACUGAACUCAAGUUUUGAAAAAAGUGACACUGAAGGCCAGUCAGAUGGCAGGGCAACGGAACACACACUGCAAAGAAAUGCAACAGGACAAACAGAAAAUGUUAAUUUACAUGAACCAGGGGAGAGACUAAGAAGUUCACAUAAAGACGUAGGGGCUUCAUCUUGCAUUUGUAGGCAUGGUGAGGAUUAUCAGUGUGCACGAGAGACCAUAGUGAAAGAUAAAUUGCAGGAUUGUGAGAUGGUAUCUCUUUUGGAUACAGAUGCAGCAUUUUCAUGUUCCACAGAUUCCUCAGAUGCAGCAUCUGCUGGUUCUUCUGUUACCUCAGGCUAUGAAAGUAGCUUUACUGUUAGUGAUCACAACUGGGACACCCUGAUGAGGAAAUAUGAACCGGUGCUAUUGGACUGCUUGGUUGGCAACCGUAGUACAUUAAAGAUAAAAUCCUUAAUGUUAAGGCUUCAGAGGCUUCAAGAAAAAGCAAUAGGGGAAGAUGACUAUGAUAAAGCUGAUAAAUUUAGAAGGAAACUAGAAGAACUGGAGCGAGAGAAGAAUUCUUUAAAAUUUCAGCUUCCUUCCAGGCAUCCUUUAAUUAUCAGCUUCUUGGACAGAUUCAGUGUACAAGUUCAAGCAGCGUUGUACUGGGCUGGAGAUCGGGUUGGAAGUGAAGAAGCACAGCUCUGGCAAAAAAAUGAGCAAAAGCUUUUGAGUCCUGCUUACCAAAAGAGGAUGCAGGUUUCAACCACAAAAAGAAACCAGCUUCUUCAAGAAAAGCAAUGGUUGCAGAAAGAAAUUGAAGACCUCAGAGCAAGGCUGGCUGUGCUAGAAGCAAAAGAUGAACAAUUAAGAGGAGAUAUUGAAGAGCAAGACAGGCUUAUUCAGUCGCAGGACUGCGAGUUGACUGCCUUGCUUAGCUGUGUAUCUUUGAGAGAGCUACAGGAAAUAAGCAAGGCCUUAGAUGACACGGUAGCAUUGUCAUAUCAAAUUCCAUUUAGUUUGGAUCUCCCUGAGACCCUCAAGAGCCUUCAGGAAAAAGAACAAUCACUGAGCAUGUCCAUUAAAGAAACGACUGCCAAAGUUUGUGCAAGUCAGAAACUAUGCAGUACUUUGAGGAGGAAAGUGAGUGAUAUUGAGACCCAACUACCAGCUUUACUUGAAGCCAAAAUACUUGCUGUAUCAGGAAGUAAUUUCUGUACUGCUAAGGAUCUUGCAGAAGAAAUAAGAUCAUUAACAUCUGAGAGAGAAGGGCUGGAGGGACUUCUCAAUGAGCUGUUGGUGCUGAAUGCCAGAAAUGUCCGAAAAUUAGAGAGAAUUAAAGAAGAUUACAACAGAUUGAAACAAGAACUGGAGCAGGGGGAGUCUGCCUUUGAGACAAACGUGAAGGAAGAUGCUGUGAAAUUCAUGGAGAUGCUGGAGGAUAAACUACAUAGCUGUGGGAACCAGCUGCUCGAAAGAGUGUGGGAAGCUGACUUGGAGGCCUGUCAGCUGUUGAUCCAAGGGUUUCAGCUGAAAGAAGCUGGUUGCUGUGUUUCAGAGGGAGAAGAGGGCCGAACAGAUGAGAUGGAUGCUGAUGAUGAUCACUGUUCAAACACAGAGAGAGGAAAAGAAAGCCACUUUCCAAAAGGCACAGAGCGGGGCGCUGUUCCAUGCCGCAUUGCUCAAACCAAUUGCCGUGAACUCAAAGAGGUUGUGGAGGAUAUUUCAUUUGGUACAGAUGAUCAUUUAUAUGAGGACUUCCACUUAUUUUCUGCAGAACUGGGAGAAAAAUGUGAAGCAAUAAGUGAGAAACUGGUGCAAUUAGAAGAUCAACUCCAAGCAUCAGUCUGCAACUUGGAUGACGGUUUUAUUCAGUCGCUACAGAGGGAGAUCCAGAUGGUGAAGGAAACUCUGCAGGCCAUGCUGAUGCAGCUCCAGCCGGAUAAGGAGGCAGGAGAAGAUGAGGCUGGAACUUCCUCUGUGACAGCUGGUGUCCAGGAAAACAAGACGUAAAGGAAUAAUAUUGAGGGGGGUCUGGUGUUUUAAUGGUAAUUCACAAAGGGUUGCUUUUAGUAACUGAAUACUGUCUUACCAAGCCUUGAGGAUCUUUUCUCUCCCUGCAUAACUAACAACAACUAAAUCAAUUAUGGAGAAAUGGAGCCUGGAGGUUUAUCAACAGAAGUGUUCUACACAGCUUCCCAUGUUCAGGCACAGACUGGAAACUAGCUUUCAGAGCAGAGGAGCUCCUGUAAUUGUGUCGAUUACAAACUGAUACAUUUCCAGUGAUUCAGCAGAGUCUCCUUUAAUGUCAGAGUGAGAUUUUUCUAACUUGUUACAAACAACUUCCUUACUUGUGCAUUCUUCAGUCUUUUUCUCCUUCAGCAUGUCAUGUUAAAGGCAGUAUUCUUCAGUAUUGCUGAGAGACAGCUGAGGGAAUAAGUAAUUUUUUGUCUUUGUAACAUCUUUCUUACACCCAAGUUAUUUUCAGAUUCCUACAAAAUGUAAGACCACUAGGAUAGAAUUCAAAAUAACCAAAUUCUUCUAACUUAAAUUAGGGCUACAUUUACCCAGUGGCAUUCAACAAAGCAGAGAAAAUUAACAUCAGACGAGAACAAUAGCUUUUCAACCAUUUUCAUUUACAUUUUAUAGCAAAUGCAUAUUAAUACUAAAAGCUCCGAAUAUUUAAAGUGAUAACCUGCUGAUUUGUGGUCUUUAUAUUUGAAUAAUGUAUGAACAUUAAGUAUUUUUUCUUAAUACUAUGCUUACUUCUUUAACCUGCCCUAUAUUGUCAUAAAAAUGAAAGGUUUUUGGAUGUGUAUAUACAUACGUAUGUUUGAUAAAGUUAUAGUAUCUGUUUAAACUCUAUUUGCUACAGGAAAAAAUAAAAGGAAUGGAACCAAAACCAGCUAAAUAUUGGUGAUUUACAAGGGUGCAGUAUUCAAACAAUUAGUAAAUUGUGUACUCAUAAAUCAAAACAUUCUUACUUGGAUGCUAAAAUAAAUUGAGGUUAUCACAUUUUCAUUUGGAAUCCUAUUUCUGCUAUUUGCUGCAGAGACUAUGAGGGGGGAAAUUAAAAAUAAAUAAAUAAAACAGCUCCUUAAAAACUCAAUUCAAUGUAAUCCAAUCUUUAAUUUUCAAGCCAAUUAUUCACAACAGUUGAUUGUACAUUUUUGAAAAAUGGACUUUUUAAAAAUAAUAAUUUACAUUUGUGCCAUUAGAGUUGCUGGGUUUACAAAUAAAGCAUGUGGUUUCUCAGACAUUAAUCCCUGGACUACUAGCCAGAUAGACCUUCAAAACUGUGCUCAUUCUUCUUUGUGUACUUAAAGACUAGAGUUAAAAUUUCUACCUCAAAAUGUUAAAUAUAUAUGUAAAACGCUCCAGGCAGCUGAGAUUUAUACCAGAGUUAUAAUUUCAUCCAGGGAGGUAAAACUGACAAACCAUGAGAGUCAAGUUCCAGUGGUUUGUGUAGUCAUCAGAUCUUCAGGAUGGAUUACAGCCCUGUAAUUCAAAACAUGGUUGGCUUUUAUCUUUAGAUCAGAAUCCGUGUUGUGAUGAAGAGUCCUGGGUCAGUGCCUUGCAUGGGCUUCUGUUCUCCUUUCUCCCCUUGCAGCCUUUCCCUUACUCAUCCACAGCCUCCAAUGGAGGGCUCCUGCUGCUGCUUCUGUUUCUCUUCCUUCAACCUACCUGCUCACCCUCUCCAAGCUAUCUUGGAGAGUUCCUGCACAUUGCCUCUCCACUGCACUUUCUGCAAACACCCAUAGAAGUGGAUGAACAAAGCCUUAGUUCAGGGAUAGGCAACCUAUGGCAUGCGUGCCGAAGUCGGCACACGAGUUGAUUUUCAGUGGCACUCACGCUGCCCGGGUCCUGGCCACCGGUCCGGGGGGCUCUGCAUUUUAAUUUAAUUUUAAAUGAAGCUUCUUAAACAUUUUAAAAUCCUUAUUUACUUUACAUACAACAAUAGUUUAAUUAUAUAUUAUAGACUUAUAGAAAGAGACCUUCUAAAAACAUUAAAACGUAUUACUGGCACGCAAAACCUUAAAUUAGAGUGAAUAAAUGAAGACUCGGCACAGCACUUCUGAAAGGCUGCCGACCCCUGCCUUAGUUACUAGCCAUAGGCAGACCAAGUGCAGACUGUAUGCUGCUAUUGUUUUGCUAACAGGGUGAAAUUCACCCUUAUGCAUAGGGCCAGUUUACAGCCUAUGUACCACUUAAAUCCCACUUAAUGGGAGGCGGGGAGAGAGCUUAUUCUGCACAGUGAUGAAAUUCAGCCUACCCUCCUUUAAGUUAGUGACAAUUCUGGGAGAAAACUGAUGGUAGAAUAUGGCCAUAAAACUGGCAUGAUUACCAAGUUAUAAUGCUGUUGGGCCUAAAUGUGGGCUAACAUCUAACAGAGCCAAGGCUCACCAACUGCCAGAAAUGACAAUUCAUGGUUUUACUAAUCCAAGAUGAGUUCACCCUGCAUAUAUAACAACGCACACAGGCCCAGAGUGUGAACAUCAUGCUCACUUUGGUUAGCAGUUACUCACAUGAGUACCACCAUGGGGAGAAGGCAGAGCUUUGUCAUUGUUGACUGUGCAGCAUGUGUGAGCCAAACAUGGCCCACACUGACUAUUUAUAAAUCACAAAGCACAGCAAGAACCAAAUGGAACUGCUUUGCAGCGGUUCAAGUCACAGCACUUUUCUCACAAUGACUCUCAGCCUUCAAGUAGGGACAGUUAAUCCUCAGAUUCUGUUCUUUUGUCUAGCUGUGCAUUCUAGCUGUAUGAGUUUUUGAAGAAAUUUCAUUUUGAUUUAAAACGUCGCGGCUUUCAUGUUUCAUGUAUUCAAAGCAUUGUUAGUUUUUAAUUAAAAAAAGUAUACAACCACUAUAAUAAAAACACUGAAGUCUUAAGCUAUCAGUCAUUACUUGAUUUGUAUGUAAUUUUAUAUUUUGAUGUAUUAACAUUUUAUUUUAUUACACAUCUCUCUCGCUCUCUCUCUUUGUGGCCUAUAUUUUUAAUUUAUCAUUCCAUUAUCUUUACUGUUUGUUGUGGGAAGUUAACAGCCAAUCCAAUAAUUGUUCUAAGUCAGUCUGAAUAAAAGGUGUAAUAAAGUAAAUCAUUUACUGCACCUCUGUCACCUUUCUUUUACUGUGGAUAGGAAAUAUAUUAUUCUGCAAAUAAAGAGAACACUG